UUGAGCUGCUGACUGGAGAGGUUCCUAUAAGGUGUCAGGAUGUCACUGUCUAUUUCUCCAUGGAGGAGUGGGAGUAUGUAGAAGGACACAAUGAUCGGUACGAGGAUGUCAGAAUGAAGAAUCAAGAGCCCCUCACAUCAUCAGAUGUCUGUUUCGGGAGCUCAGAUCAAAGUAUCGCACAAGACACAUUUAAAGAGCACGCCAAUGUUAAGCAGAAUAAAGAUCAUAAAAUAAUCAAAUGUCAAAGCAAUUACAAAAGGAAUAAGUCAUAUUCAUGUUCAGAAUGUGACAGAUGUUACAGCCGUAAAUCAAGUCUUGAAUUGCAUCAGAGAAAUCACACAGGGGAGAAGCCAUUUUCAUGCUCAGAAUGUGAUAAAAGUUACACUGUUAAAUCGCAACUUAUUAUACAUCAGAGGACUCACACAGACGAGAGGCCAUUUUCAUGUUCAGAAUGUGGCAAAUGCUUUACUCAGAAAUCGGAACUUAUUGACCACCUGAGGAGAAUUCACACAGGAAAUAAGCCAUUUUGUUGUUCAGAAUGUGGAAGAUCUUUUACCCGGAAAUCAGAACUUCGGAAACAUCAGAGAAUUCACACAGGGGAGAAGCCAUAUUCAUGUUCAGAAUGUGAGAAAUGUUAUGGGACUCGCUUAAGUCUUGUUAUCCAUCAGAGAACUCACACAGGGGAGAAGCCAUUUUCAUGCUCAGAAUGUGAUAAGAGUUACAGGGUUAAAUCGCAUCUUAUUGCACAUCAGAGGACUCACACAGACGAGAGGCCAUUUUCAUGUUCAGAAUGUGAUAAAUCUUUUACCAUCAAGCAGUGUCUUGUUAAACAUCAACUAACUCACACAGGGGAGAAGCCAUUUUCAUGUGCAGAAUGUGGGAGAUGUUUUAGUCGGAAAACACAUCUAGUUAGACAUCAGAUAACUCACACAGACGAGAGGCCAUUUUCAUGUUCAGAAUGUGGGAAAAGUUUUAGCCGUAAAUCAACUCUUGUUACACAUCAGACCAUUCACGUAGAGAAGCCAUUUUUAUGUACUGUAUGUGGAAAGAGUUUUGGCCAAAAGUCAGAGCUUAGUGUACAUCAAAAAAUUCACACAGGAGAAACAUUUUCAUGUCCAGAAUGUGGAAAGGUUUUUAGAAAAUAUUCAACUCUUAAGGCACAUGAAAGAAUGCACACAGGAGAAGCAUUUUCAUGUUCAGAAUGUGGGAAAUGUUUUAAGCAAAAAGGUGAACUUGUUAGCCAUCAGAGAAUUCACACAGGGGAAAAACCAUUUUCGUGUUCGGAAUGUGGCAAAUGCUAUAAACAAAAAUCACACGUUGUUGAACAUCAAAAAAUUCACACAGGAGAGAAGCCAUUUUCUUGUUCAGAAUGUGGGAAAUGUUUUGUCCUGAAAUCAAAACUUAAUAGACAUCAGAAAAUUCAUCUACAAAUCAUUUCUUCUUAAUCAUCAAAAAACUCGUAGAGGGAAGUAGCUACUUUCUAUUUUUAAUGUGUUUUCUUGACUCAUCAUACAGGAAAAAUGCAACACUCAAGAAGUACAGGUGUAGCAAGAAGCAGUGUGGUGCACUAUGCUGUUAUUGUAGCGCCUACACUAUGUAUAUAGCACAACCCUCGUUUACAUUGCAUUAGAGCCGCCGCACUAUGCAAAUAGCACAACGCAUCCCAAAGUGGAACGAACAUACAAUUAAUACCUGCUACGUCUAUAAAGUCAUAUAACACUAAUAAUUAAGAAAUGUAUGCAAUCACCAAUAGACAUCUGUUAUCCAAAAAGUAAAUGGAACCUAGAUAACACAGAGUAUUUUUACAGUAAUCUGUAUUACUGCAUCUCACAACUUGUUACCGAUCAUUAAUAAAC